UGUAAAUUUUUAACCUCUACUUUCCCCUAUGUUUACUAUUGACAUAUAUAAUCUUUAUUAUUAACUGGUGAAACCAAGUUGAUAUAAAUAAAUAUAUACGAUAUAUUUACACCAGUUUAAUUUUUGGCCGUCAGUGGUUAGAACCAAUACUAUAAUACUAAUACAUAAUAAGAUUACAGUGAAUAAACAAGUUGUUGAAUUUUUAAUAAUGUCAUAUUGCAAAACUUUUGGUAAAGACAAGGUAAUCUUUGUGACUAAGGAGGAUCAUUCAAUGCCCAGUAUGGUAGAGUUGCCACCUCCUGAACCACAACCAGGUAUUAUUACAAGCACUGGUGAAAUAAACUGGAGCUGUCCUUGUUUAGGUGGCAUGGCUACUGGUCCAUGUGGAAUUCAAUUUCGGGAUGCAUUUUCAUGCUUCCAUUUUAGCACAGCUGAAACAAAAGGUUCAGAAUGUUUUCAACAAUUCCGUCUUAUGCAAGACUGUUUUCAAGAGUACCCAUCUGUUUAUAAUAAGGGAAGUGCUAACGUUAAGGAGAAUUCACAUAUCGGAAACUUAAACCAAACUACAACUACAGUAGAAGAAACAAUUGCUGGUGUCGAUAAAAAUAUCGCUUAAAGAAAAUAGAGUUUAUACUAUCUUUAAGCCUUUUGAUUAUAACUUUUUUAA